AUGGACGAGGGUGAAAAAAGCAAAGAGCGAAAUCAUUGCUUCAACUUGAAAUGGGUGGGCAAAAACGUGUUUUUUCGAAGUUAUGCGUGAAAUAAUUUUUUCGAAGUGAGUUGCUCUUUGAAGUUCAGAAUUUUAAGAUUCUUGAAGCCUACAAUACUGAAAUUUUGAAGAGAGAUAGUGGAAAAAUUUAGAUUUUGAGGCCCUAUUUUAACUUCCUGAGAAAAUUUUUAGUGACCACUGUAGUGGCUCGCCAAGGACUACUUGGAGAGGACACUAAAGUGGCCACUGAACCUUCCUCUAUAGGGGUCGUUAUUUUCCGUUUCAGUGGCCACUAUAGAGGUUCUCUAUUUAGUGACUACUUCAGCAGUUUUUCAUCCAGUAUUCCUUCCAGUAACUCUGAUUAUUUUAAAACAGAUUUAACCAAUUAUGUUGAUCCAUUGACCCCUAAAGUGCCCACUAAUGGGACUACUAUAGUGGCCACUAAAACGUCAAAACCCUAUAGUGGCCACUAAAAUUUUUCCCAGUCAGUUCGAAUAGUUUGGACAUUUUUCAGUCGAAUCACUCGGAUCCGCGAACACAGAAGCUCGAAACAACACCGGCCGCAGAUCUUCCUCAACCUAUCAAAUCGGUAAUUAUCUACUCUGUAACGGAAACCGGACCCGCUCCGGACGUUUCUGAGCAGUUCUAGUGAUCUCCUCUUUAAAAAUGAUUUCAAGCUGGACGACGUUCGGAAUCGAAAAAGAGCUUCGAGUCCGAUUCCGUCGCUUUGCCGGUCCGGACAAACGUUGAACGAAGAAGACGAAGACUAUCCUCGAUACGCCCAAACCUCCAUGAAAGGCUCGAGGGCGGUCAGUAUCGGCAGGAAUAUUCGAGGCGUCGCCUUGAGGUAGGUUGUUGGAGAAAAAAGGAGCAUGGUUGCCCAUAGUACCAUCUAUAGCUGAUUCACGGCCAGCUUGGGACGCUAAGGGGGCGUGUCCUGUCUGUGCUCUCCACGAGCCAGGCGCUAUCUCGUGCAUUGUCGUGUCAGGACCCUUUUUUCGAUGGCUCAAGUCGGCCGUGAAUCAGCUAUAUAUACAUGAAGAGUACUUGUAAGCUUAUAAAGGACCGCCGAAUGGUAUUCGCAGGCUUGUGGGUCGGGCUUGGGCUGGCCCGGGCUUUGCGUCUGAUUUGGGGCGUGAAGGGCUUGGGUCAGGCCUUUUCUACUAAACAAAUUUUCUCAUUAGUUCUCAUAGUUAGAGACCGCGGAGCUCCGCCCCUUUUUGGGAUGGUGAAAUUCAUUUUGGUUUUUUUGGUUUUUUUUUUCGUAUAAGCGCAAUACUGAACCGAUUCUAACGAAAAUUGAUAGAAAGAUAGAGCGGACCUCCCUCUUUCGGUUCGUGUAUAGUUUGCUCCAUUACCUUGCGUUUGAGCGGAGUGUCGUACAGGAAAAUGGAACGAUAUUGAAUUCGUCCGUUUUUAACUAUGUUUUUGAUAGUGCACACUAUUAUUUUUUUAAUGUUUUAUCAUUGGAAGAUGAAACAUUUUUUUAAAUUGGCCCGGCCGUUUUUGAUUGGGUCCCAGCGAAAUCCGGCUCGAAAUCGGGCUUAAAAUUUGGCCAGGGAUGAUAGGCUAUCGGGCCGGCCCUCGCACAAGCCUUGCUAACCGACAGCUACUCGUAUCCCCUUCUCGAUUCACCAUAAAAAUCAUUGCGAUAUCGCAGAUCGCGACGCCGAAUGACGCUGGCGCGAAUGAACGUCUCGAUGAAGCAGUCGAUCUCGGGCCUCGGUCGCAAGGCUCGCAAAGUGAUCCCGUCGAUUCGCGUCCGCGACGUCAACCUCAUCGACAAGUACUCGCGGAUCGUCUUCCCCGUUUGCUUCGUCGUCUUCAAGUUGGUUCUUUUCAAAUUUAAUGAAAAUUGAGCCUACUGUAAAACUCUCUUGUUUUCGCACACUGUUUCGCUCGUAGUAACUGCGACAUAGUUCCAGGAUUAUUUAGUUCUAAAAUCGGUGGUUCUCGUCAGUUUAGAAAAAAAAAACUUCGGAAAAUUAUAAAAAUCUACGAGCUCUAAGAUGUUUAGAGGGCCCCGAUAGGGGGACAAAUGUGGUCCUUGUAGGAGCCCCUAUCGAAGCCCCGAAAAUCUGGUUCAGGUGCCCCUAUAGGGGUUGAAUUAAAAGAGGGCAGGAUCAAAUUUUCACUUGAAUUCUCUUCCUCAUAUUCGUCCCUUAUUUUUUCAAACAACGCCCCUCACGCAAUUUAAAGAAAUUUACUUUCUAUACGGCCCCGAAUCGUUUACGAGGUUCAAGGGAAGCUCCGGGGUUCCUGAAACUUUUUUUGCAUUUUCAUUGUGUUUUUACGGUCUACUUGUCAGAUUUGACAAUUUUUUUUUCUUAAAUUGAUUUUCCUCAACUACUAGUCAUCAAAGUUUUUGGUCUAUGUCAUUUGACUUGAAAUAACGUUGAAACGCAUGUAAAAAUGCUCGUUUCGCCUUUCUACCUGAGUUACUAAUAAAUCUCAAGUUUUUUUUAUAACGUAUAAUCCAAAAAUUUAACUUAGAAAUUGGAAGUUUUCUUAAUUUUCUUUCAACAAGGUUUUUUUCAGUUUGUUCUACUGGGGCUACUACAGCAUGCUGACCGCCUACGUGUAA